AUGGAGAUGUCAGUCAAGCAGCGUCAAGCAGAAGAGAUGCUCAUUAUAAGCAGCAACGAGACCCGGGCACAAUGGUCAGAGACGAGCUUGGAGCAUGUCCAUCCGUGGAAAAGCUGGAACUCUGUCUCAGUUUAUGAGUUACAGACUGUGGAGGUCCAGUCUGGUGAAGAAGCGACACUGCUGUGCUCCAACAUCUCCAAAAGUCCAACUCUGGCAGAGUGGUUCAGAGUGGUCAACAGAACCCAAGUCAGUUGUAUCGCUUCUAUGUACGGGUCUGACGAUGAAGCUUCACUCUGUGAUGGAUUUCAGAAUGCAAAAUUCAAUAUGAGUUCAAACAACUCUACAGUCUUUCUUAAAAUCACACAAGUUGAUUUAUCUGACUCUGGACUGUAUUUCUGUGGAUUUUACAUGGAAACAAACACAGUCAUUGCUGAUGUGACAGAGUUACACGUUCAAGAAGAGUCUGAUGGAAUAAACCUGAUGAGUGUGAUUCUGGGUGCUGUGCCUCUCUUGCUCACUGUGAUCAUCAUUAUUCUGGUUGUUAAAAUCAGGAAACUUCAGACAGCUGCCAAUGCCGAACCACAGCCAGAAAGGAACAAGAAUCUGGGCUCAGAUGACCUGAACUAUGCAGCUGUGAAUUUUCAGCCAAAAGCAAAAAGAACCCGUCGGCCUGCAACCGAAAGAGAAAAGGAACUAAGUGUUGUGUAUGCUGCCACCAGAUAAACUCAGGAGACGCCUGGAACUGCAGCUCGCUGUGGAAAUUGUGUUAUAUUACUUUUAUCUCUGCUAUGCUUUUGUGUGUGGGCAGGGGGGUGACU